AUGGCCGAUAGCAGCAGCAGCAGCCACCCCAAGGGAAAGCUUGUCGAGAACGCCUCGAUUACUGCGCCAAGCAUUGACCCCGAACACGACCCCGCCACCGCCAUCUUGCGCAAAAAGUCAGCACCCAACAAACUGAUUGUCGACGAUGCCACCAACGACGACAACUCUGUUCUUGCCCUCUCGACCGCCACCAUGGAGAAGCUUCAGUUCUUCCGUGGAGAUAUGGUCCUCGUUAAAGGAAAGAAGCGUCGUGACACCGUCUUGAUUGUCCUUGCUGACGACAGCAUCGAGGACUCCAAGGUCCGCAUCAACAAAGUUGUUCGUCAGAACCUUCGUGUCCGUCUCGGGGAUGUUGUCUCCCUUCACACCUGCACUGAUAUCAAAUACGGCAAACGCAUUCACGUCCUCCCUGUCGACGACACUGUUGAGGGAGUCACUGGAAACUUGUUUGAGGUUUACCUCAAGCCCUACUUUUUGGAGGCCUACAGACCCGUCCGCAAGGGUGACCUCUUCUUGGUCCGUGGAGGCAUGAGAGCCGUCGAGUUCAAGGUCAUUGAGACUGAUCCUGCCGACUACUGCAUUGUCGCCCAAGAUACUGUGAUUCACUGUGAAGGCGAGCCCAUCAAGCGCGAGGAUGAGGAAUCAAACCUUGCUGACGUCGGAUAUGAUGACAUUGGAGGAUGCCGCAAGCAGAUGGCCCAGAUUCGUGAGUUGGUCGAGCUUCCUCUCCGUCACCCCCAGCUUUUCAAGUCCAUCGGUAUCAAGCCUCCUCGCGGUAUUCUUAUGUUUGGACCUCCAGGAACAGGAAAGACCCUUAUGGCUCGUGCCGUCGCCAACGAGACUGGUGCUUUCUUCUUCUUGAUCAACGGACCCGAGAUCAUGUCCAAAAUGGCCGGAGAGUCCGAGAGCAACCUGCGCAAGGCCUUCGAGGAGGCCGAGAAGAACAGCCCCGCCAUUAUCUUCAUCGACGAGAUCGAUUCGAUUGCACCCAAGCGUGACAAGACCAACGGAGAGGUCGAGAGACGUGUUGUUUCCCAGCUCUUGACCCUCAUGGAUGGAUUGAAGGCUCGCUCCAACAUUGUAGUCAUGGCCGCCACCAACCGCCCCAACUCUAUCGACCCCGCCCUUCGUCGUUUCGGACGCUUCGAUCGUGAGCUCGACAUUGGUAUUCCUGACCCCACUGGACGUCUCGAGAUUCUCCGCAUCCACACCAAGAACAUGAAGUUGGACGAUGAUGUCGAUCUGGAGCAGAUUGCUUCCGAGACCCACGGUUACGUCGGAUCGGAUGUUGCCAGUUUGUGCUCUGAGGCUGCCAUGCAGCAGAUUCGUGAGAAGAUGGAGCUCUUUGAUCUCGACGAUGAAACCAUCGAUGCUGAGGUCCUCAACUCGCUCGCCGUCACUAUGGAGAACUUCCGCUAUGCUUUGGGUAUCUCCAACCCUUCGGCCCUUCGCGAGACUGUUGUCGAGGUCCCCACCACUACCUGGAACGAUGUUGGUGGUUUGGAGAAAGUCAAGCAGGAGCUCCAGGAAACUGUCCAGUACCCCGUUGAGCACCCCGAAAAAUUCUUGAAGUUCGGUAUGUCUCCUUCCCGCGGUGUUCUCUUCUACGGACCCCCUGGUUGCGGAAAGACUUUGUUGGCCAAGGCCAUUGCCAACGAGUGCCAGGCCAACUUCAUCUCGAUCAAGGGUCCUGAGCUGUUGACCAUGUGGUUCGGAGAGUCUGAGGCCAACGUCCGUGAUGUCUUUGACAAGGCUCGUGCCGCUGCUCCCUGUGUCAUGUUCUUUGACGAGUUGGAUUCGAUCGCCAAGGCCCGUGGUGGCUCCUCUGGAGAUGGUGGAGGAGCCGGUGACCGUGUCCUCAACCAAAUUUUGACCGAGAUGGAUGGAAUGAACGCCAAGAAGAACGUCUUUGUCAUUGGAGCCACCAACAGACCCGACCAGAUCGAUAACGCCUUGUUGCGUCCCGGUCGUCUUGACCAAUUGAUCUACAUUCCUCUUCCCGAUGAGGCUUCGCGUCUUGCUGUCUUGAAGUCGACUCUUCGCAAAUCCCCCAUCUCGGUCGAGAUCAACCUUGACCAUAUCGCCAAGGCUACCCACGGAUUCUCCGGAGCUGAUUUGACCGAGAUCUGCCAGCGUGCCUGCAAGCUCGCCAUUCGCGAGAACAUUGAGGCCGAUAUCCGCAAGGAGCGUGAGCGCAAGGAGCGUGGUGAUGAGGAGGCCAUGGAUGAGGAUGACGAGGAUGCCGUCCCUGAGCUUACCCGUGCCCACUUUGAGGAGGCUAUGAAGUUUGCUCGUCGGUCAGUCCAGGACAGCGAUAUCCGUCGCUAUGAGAUGUUUGCCCAGAACCUCCAGAACUCGCGCGGCUUCAACACGUUCAAGUUCCCUGAGGGUGGUGUUGGUGGCUCUGUUGCUCCCGAUGCUUCCCAAGGCACUGCCAGCAACGCAGCCUUUGGUGGCCAGGACAGUAACAUCGAUGACGACCUCUACAACUAA